UUUGUAAACAUUACUAUUGCAUCAUUGUGCUACUUUAAUCGUCUGAAUUGAUAUUUCUUGUUGUUGUGAGGCAAAAUGGAACGGAAUUUUGCUCUUUGUACACCUUGCAGCUAUUAUCUCUAUUUGAAUUUAGAAUAACCAGAUAAGUUUUAGAAAGAUUUUCAUUAUGUAACGAUAUAUUAUGCAUUCAUUUCAUAGAUCUUCCUGAAUAUCUCGGGAUGAGUUUAUGUGAAAAACCGGCGCGUAAGCUUUUCAUUAAUCACUGUACAAAAUUAAGACAAGCAGAAUCUAACCAUCAAAAGAAUUAUCGAAGCUGGACACUGUCUUAUAAAAAUAAAUCUUUUCCUGUUGAUCUUAUUUGGAUUCAAGGUUCAAUUGUUAAAGUUUUAAAGGCUGAAGACAGUUUUGUUAUUAAUGAUGGUACUGGAACUGCUUCUGUUGUAUUUGCAAGUAAAGCACCUGGUUAUGGUUCUUGGAUAACACAUGAUCAGUAUGUUAUGGUUAUUGGUGAAGUUCUGUCAACAGAAUCAAAUGUUGAAAUUAGAGCAAUGAAAUUGACAUUGCUAUCUGAUUUAAAUCCAGAGACUCUAUGGAAAUUAGAAGUGCAAGAUUUUUGGAAUUUUUUAUCAAAAAGUUGAUAAAAAUUCUAGAAUUACAAGAUUAAUUUAUACUUCUUUUAUAAAAUUUAUGUGAAUAAUAAAUCAUCAUGCCUUAUGUAUUUCGAAAAAUCCAUAAUUCUUUACUGAAGUUGCAAAGACAGUUGAGUGUUUCGGCGAUUGUCACAAAGAACAAAGUUCCAGAAUAUAAGGAAGUUAAAAUUGGCAACGUUUCCAAAGUUGUGAAUGAACCUAAAAACCCUCUAUUAGUUCCUGUUCACUACUUCCCAAAGGAGCCAAGAGAAAGUUUGAUUCAACAUUUACAAUGGAUUUUAAAAAAGGAUUUACUGGGACAAGAUAUGUUUCUAAUUGGCUUGCCAGGACCUUUUCGCGGUCGCGUCAUACUUUCAUAUUUGGAGAUGAUGCAGCGGGAAGCAGAAUAUGUUGUAUUAACUAGAGAUACUACUGAAAAUGAUUUGAAGCAGAGGCGAGAAAUUUUCGACGGUACUGCGCAUUAUGUUGAUCAGUCUGCUGUGAAAGCAGCUAUUGAAGGAAGGUUUUUGAUUCUUGAUGGUGUUGAAAAGGUAGAGAGAAAUGUUUUACCGGUAUUGAACAAUUUGUUGGAAAAUCGCGAAAUGCAGCUAGAAGAUGGACGCUUCCUUGUUGCACCGGAAAAAUAUGAUCACCUGUUAUCCGAACAUACACAAGAAGAAUUGGAUAAAUGGAAAUUGGUUCGUGUUUCUGAAAAUUUUAGGGUGGUUGCUUUAGGUUUACCAAUACCUCAUUUUAAAGGCAAUCCUUUGGAUCCUCCUUUCCGAUCUAGAUUUCAGGCCCGGCAUGUAGUUCCAAAAUUUGAGGAUCAGUUCAUGGAACUUUCAAAUUUAACAGAAAAUAUUUCAAAGCAAGACUUGAAAAGCUUCCUGUAUGCCUGUUAUACAUUUCUUUCGAACGAAUCAACAAAUUUAGGACUGCCGAAGUUUCCCGUUGAAAAUAUAUCCAGUACUGUUAAAAUUUGGGAUAAAUUUCCUAAUAUGUCAAUGGAAUAUUUGUUUCAAUUAAUGUAUCCAUAUACUUUGCUGUUAUCCAAGGAAAAUCAGAACUCAGUUUUGAAGACUCUAGAGCAAUUUUCAGUUUAUCCUGCUAAAGUGAAAACUCAGUACAAAAUUUUAGAAAAUCAAUCAAAAAAUCAGAAUUUAAAGCAUGUUUUAGAAAUUAAAAUUAAUAAUUAUAAAUUCAAGUCAGAAAUUUUAGCACACAAUAAAAAAAGAAAUCCAUCAAAUUUUAUUUCUAACCCGUAUCAUGAAAAUGUUUUGGCCAAUUUCUUAAUGACUCAUGCGGAAAAUGACUUUUGUGUAAUUGGUAAUAGAGGCUGUGGUAAGUCUACUUUAAUACGAAAAUUUGCUUCCCUUCUCAAUUAUCCUGUCGAAAUGUUGAUGCUUUACAAUGACAUGACAGCUAGAGACUUAUUACAACAAAGGAUCACUGAUGAAAAAGGAAACACCUUGUGGAGGUCUACGCAACUUAUUCAAGCUGCUGAAAGUGGCAAAUUGCUUGUGUUAGAUGGUUUGCAACGAUUACAUUCCAGUACGUUUUCUGUUCUUAGAAGAUUAGUCCAUGAUAGGGAAAUGCAACUGUAUGAUGGUACAAGACUUUUGAGACAUGACCGCUAUGAUACUUUGAAAGAGAUGUUAAAUUUACCUGAUGAAGUCAUGAAGGAAAAUAAAAUCAUACGAAUUCAUCCUUCGUUUCGAAUCGUAGCCCUGGCUGAACCACCGAAAACACAAAGCAUGAAAGAUAAUUGGAUAAAUCCUGAGCUACUCUCGAUAUUCCUUUUUCAUUCUGUUAGACCUCUUUCAUUUCAAGAAGAGAAAAUUGUUAUAGAAAAAAUGGUUGGUAAUGUUAGUGCGAAAAUGAAUUCCAUAUUAGAAUUCACCCACAAAUUACGAAAUUCGGAUGAUGAUGCUCUGAGAAACGUCAGUUCUUCACUUUCAACUCGGCAGUUAGUUCGAAUGGCGCGAAGACUUUCCAUCUUCCCUGAUGCUAGUGUUUACAACUUAAUUACUCAAUCAUGCUUGACAAAAUUUUUACCACCGCUAACAAAACAAGCUAUUGAAAAUAUGUUAGAGUCUUUGAACAUUGAAGAUUCUGAAAUAAUCACGAAUGAUAAACUCAUUAAUGUAAGCAAUGGCAAUCUGCAUAUAGGAAACACUAGUGCUCCCAUAUACCAACCAGAUUCAAGUAAAGUGAAAGUUCCCAAAAUAGAAUUUUAUAAUAAUUUUGAACAUGUCAGCAUAAUGGAAGCUAUGUUGCAAGAUUUUCUUUUAGGUGAACAUUUACUUUUGGUCGGCAAUCAAGGAGUUGGAAAGAAUAAAAUAACAGACCGUUUUCUGCAGUUAUUGAACCGGCCAAGAGAAUAUAUUCAAUUGCACAGAGAUACAACUGUCCAAUCCCUUACUCAACAACCAACUGUAAGAGAUGGAAAAAUUGUAUAUGAAGAUUCACCUUUGCUGAAGGCUGUUCAGUAUGGUCGUGUCUUAGUUGUUGACGAGGCAGAUAAAGCUCCAACACAUGUAACUAGCAUUUUAAAAGCCCUUGUUGUUUCAGGUGAAAUGCAUUUGUCGGACGGACGAUGUAUUGUGCAUCAUACUGAAGAAAAAUCAAAUGAUAAUUCUCAAGUAGUUAUGCAUCCUGAUUUUAGAAUGAUAGUUUUAGCGAAUCGUCCAGGGUUCCCUUUUUUGGGUAAUGAUUUCUUUGCUGUGUUGGGAGAUAUUUUCAGCUGCCAUGCCGUAGACAAUCCGAGUCUCGAUUCAGAAGUAGCCAUGUUACGACAAUAUGGUCCGAAUGUUCCGGAGGAUUCACUCAAAAAAUUGUCUAGGUUAUUUGGAGAAUUGCGUUCUUUAUCUGAUGCAGGUUUAAUAUCCUAUCCGUAUUCGACACGCGAAGUCGUCAAUAUAAUUAAACAUCUAGAAAAAUUUCCGGAUGAAGGAAUACCUUUUGUUUUGAAAAAUGUUUUUGAUUUUGAUUCUUAUAGUCAGGAAUUAAAAGAAACCCUUAAUGACAUAUUUAAAAAGCACGGAAUACCUUCAGAAUCUGAGUCAUUAUCUGUAAAAUUAGCAAAUAAUUACAAACUUCCAGAUUUUUGUCUGAAGCAGGAAUUGAAGUUUUCGGAUAAUUUGGAUGUUUGGCCAUCUUUCACUUCUCGAUUACUUCUAUCAAAUGGGAAUAACCUGCCAGUAAAAGAAGACCCUCUUAAUACUGUUGAAGCCAGGGCAGCCACUUUUUCAGAGCAACAGAGCUCUUUUGAAUUGCCUAUUGGUUCUAACAAUGUACCAAUGGAUAUUGCUGCUACUAAUAGAGUGGAUGAUAUAAUCUAUGUUGCAACUGCUAAUCCUAUUUCAUUAUUCUCUUUGAAUUUUGAUACAAUGCAGCUAAAAAGUUUAAAUUUACUUAAUUAUUUUCCAAGCAUCAGAAGCGGAUUUAAACCAAUGAUAAAAAUAUCUCCUGUAGAUGUUGCUAAUGAAGAGUGUGUAUUAUUACAAGAAAGUGAAACAAAUCAAACACUUCUUAUACACCCAACAAAUGGCUUAGUACAUAAAAUAAAUCUAGCUUCUGUAUUAGAAGAAGCAAUUACAAAAAUUAGCAUGGUUUAUUCUAAAUCUCCUAAAAAACAGUUGCAUUUGUGUUCUGAUUUGUUAUCUGAUAAAAAAAUAAUCUUAUAUGAUAAAAAUGGAUUCACAGUAUUCGUGUUGGACUUCGCAAACAAUGUUAUUUAUCAAACUGAAACUCCUCAAAAUAUCAUCAAGAUCUGUUCUUUGAAUGAAGAUACGUUAAUAUUAAAAUGUAAUGAUACUUUUAUUGCUGAUAUAGCAAAUCUUGAUCGUUGGAAAAUCAGAAAACUUACAGAUGGAGAUAUUUUUGAUAAAACAUUGAGUGUUAAUAUUAAAUCUGCAAUGCUAAGCAAUUUUCUUACUGAAUCAAAUGCAAUAGAUACUGCAAAACACAUUGCAUUGAUGUCAAAUUUAGAUGAUUUUGCUUGCAUUAUGUCUGGAUCACUCCAUGAAGACAAGAUUUUAAAAGUAUUGAGUUUUCCCAGAGAAAAAUCGAUUUCUGAUAAAAGUGGAAAUGCCUGCAUAUUACCUCACAGCAAUCAGAUAAUAAGAUUUGUUCAUUCUGAUGAUAUUCCUUCCCAUGUAGAAACUAGUUCUACACAACUUGGUGCAGGCUGUCUAGAAGUAAUUGAUUUAAAUGAUAAAACUUAUAGUUACAUUGAGAUAAAUUUACCUUACAGGGUAUCAUCAUUUGCUCAUUGGCUACUUAAUUCAUCAAAUCCGUAUCUGUUGAUGUGUGCUAUGCGAAAUGGUAACAUUGUGACUUCAGAUGUAACAGGUUGCAUUAAGAAAUGGGAAGUAAAUAAAAAUACACUUCAAAAUUCAUUCGAUGCCUGGAAGAAAUUUACUGGUUUGGAUAAUGAGCAACAAGUUACUAUCCAACAUAUAAAUCAGAAACCCGUAUCUGGUCCUAAACAUGGUAAAAUAGAUCCUACGGGUGCACCUCAUGUUGGUGGCAAUAUGUGGGCUGGAGGUACAGGUGGGCGUGAUACUGCCGGACUUGGAGGAAGAGGUGGUCCUUAUCGUCUUGAUGCAGGCCACAAUGUGUUCCAAAUCUCAGAUGAAGAAAAGCAGAUGGUACCUCCAGAAGUUAGAGAAGCUGCCAGACUGAUGGCAAUGAAAGCAUAUAAAGAGGAAUUGAAGAAAAUCAAAAUGAGCCCAUACGAUGCAGAAUUAUAUAACCAGUUCCUCAGCAGUGUCGAAAAACAAGUUAAAUCUUUACGCCUUAUACUAGAUAGCUUGCAAGCAAAAAGCAAAGAUAGGCAGUGGAUGAAACAUCAAACGUCUGGCGAAUUCGAUGAUACAAAGAUUAUAGAGAGUAUAACUGGUGAGAAAGCUAUUUAUAAAAAGAGAGGUGAACAAGAUCCUGAAAUAGGUAGUCCCCAACAAAAGCCAAAAUUGUUGAGAUUAGUUGUUGACGUCAGUGGGAGCAUGUAUCGUUUCAAUGGACAUGAUAAUAGACUUCAAAGAGAACUGGAGAGUGUAGUUUUAGUUAUGGAAGCUUUUGAAGGUUAUCAAGAAAGAUUCCAAUAUGAAAUAAUUGGACAUUCAGGUGAAGAUUUUUGUAUUGAGUUUUCAAAAUUCGGCAAAGCGCCAAAUAAUCGAAAAGAGAGGCUGGAAUUGAUUAGAAACAUGCAUGCUCACACACAGUUUUGCAUGAGCGGUGAUAACACUUUGGAAGCAACAAGUCAUGCAAUAAGAACAAUUACUAAAGAAGAUGCUGAUGAAUAUUUUGUCAUAAUUAUGAGUGAUGCUAAUUUUGAUAGGUAUGGCAUUUCACCGAAUUCAUUUGGCAAGCUUUUGACAUCAGAUCCUAAAGUUAAUGCUUUUGCAAUAUUUAUUGGUUCGUUAGGUGAUCAGGCAGCAAUGCUUUCAAAGCAGUUACCUGCUGGAAGGACAUUUAUGUGUUUUGAUUCUUCCAAUCUUACUCACAUUCUUCAAAAAAUAUUUACAUCAGCGUUGCUGAAGGAUUAAAUGAGAAGUAAGCAUAUGAUGUUUGUUAGGACAGAUAUAUAUACUUUUCAAUGAAUCAGAAAAUAUUUUCGUACAUAAUGAAUUAAAAUUUUAUGCAAGUGAUAUUGCAUUAUUUUUUGGAAAGAAUGUGAAGUUGUAAAGUACAUUUUUAUAUAUCCUUGUAAAUUGCAACUAAUUUUGUUUACAAUAACAAGUUAUUUAUGUAAUGUUAUAAAUAAAAUAUAAUUAUCAAUCA